AUGACACUGGACGAGGCUGUUAGAGCAGCAUUGGAAACGGAGUCAUUUCUAAAUGCGGAGAGACAGCGGCAACAAGCCCAGGGUGGACGGUUAGAUAGAAAUCCCAGAACAACAAGACAAGUGGAAAUCGUCUCGAGAGAGGAGUUUGAACAGCAAACAAGGGUAAUGUCGGAACAGUUACAGACAUUGCAUCAGUUGAUGUCGAGAUUGACUGAAGCGAUGAAGCAAGAGGCUCCUCAACGUGUCAAGUGGGAGGGGGAGCCACGACGGAGGCUAAGCUGUUUCAAUUGUGGAGAAAUUGGGCACUUUAAACGGGACUGCCCUAAGCUCAACACUAACCCACAGUCGGGAAACGAUGCAGGACCAACCCAGCGGGUCAUGGGGAGGUCACUAGCAGAACCAGACCCAAACAAGGUGGUGGUCGUGGAGGCAAAGAAAAAUUAA